UCUUCGGGCAUCGCUUUCCGUCUUUUAGACCUCUUUCCCCUCUCCCUCACCCUCUCACGGUCACUGAUCAAACCCUCCCAUCUCUUUCUGAUCCCUCCUUCCUCACGCGCUCUUGUAAGAGGGGAGGGAAGGAAUCCUCCCGCCUGAUAGAAGAAUCCGUGAUUCUUGCUCGCCGAGUGGACUCUGAAACCCUAAAGGGAUUCUUGGUGCUCGGCCGCGCCUGCCUCGCAGGAAGUGAGGAUGUCGACUCCUGCAAGGAAGAGGCUGAUGAGGGACUUCAAGCGGCUGCAGCAGGACCCCCCUGCUGGUAUAAGUGGUGCUCCCCAGGACAACAACAUCAUGCUCUGGAAUGCAGUUAUUUUCGGUCCUGACGACACACCUUGGGAUGGAGGAACGUUCAAACUUACUCUUCAGUUUUCGGAGGACUAUCCAAACAAACCUCCAACUGUCCGCUUUGUUUCAAGAAUGUUUCAUCCAAAUAUUUACACAGAUGGAAGCAUUUGCUUGGAUAUCUUGCAGAACCAAUGGAGCCCAAUUUAUGAUGUUGCUGCAAUACUUACAUCAAUCCAGUCGUUACUCUGUGAUCCAAACCCAAACUCACCUGCCAAUUCAGAAGCUGCACGGAUGUUCAGCGAGAACAAGCGUGAAUACAACAGGAGAGUGCGUGAGAUUGUGGAGCAGAGCUGGACGGCUGACUGAAACACUCUCCUCAACAAAAAUGGCUCUUCAAGAAACGAAUAGCUACUGUUAGUAUUUUUCUGGUUGGGAUGAUGCUCUGGGGAGCCCUCUCGAUGUCUUACAUCAUCCACAUAAGCUGGGUAGGUGUUGCAACCAUUUAUCUCCAUGUAUGAUUUUAUGAAAAGAAAAGAUGGUGCAGAUAUUUUGCAUGAGCUAUAGGACCGAAUGCUAUGUUAGGAGGCACGGUUGGGCUUUUUAGGUUUGUUGAUUUUGCUUCCCAACAGCGUUUAUUUGCAAAGAUAAACUUGUGAGAAUCAAUUUUACAAUAGCCUGUUGCUUAGUCUCAACAUUAAAAUUUAUCCAUUCAGUUUUUC